AUGUCGAGAAAUGUGCCAGCCGAGUCUAGCGAUCUAGGUAGUGGCGAUGAUGUUCCUACUGCAAUUGCUCCACCUUCUCGACCACUUUCCCCAAUAGAUACUACAUAUCGAGGCGCAUCUGAUGCUGAACUGGGCACUGCUACAACCACCAUUGAUCGAGUCGAUGAAAAUCUUACUCAGCAAUUGAGAGGUCCAGAGCCAUCUAAUAUUGUCUCUUGGGAUGGCGAUACCGAUCCAUUGAAUCCUAUGAAUUGGUCUAAUACGAAGAGGUGGGCUAAUACCGGAGUUAUCUCUGUCAUGACUUUCUCUACUCCUCUCGCAUCCACCAUGUUUGCACCUGGAGUUCCUCUCGUGAUGGAAGAAUUCCACUCUACGAAUAUGAUUCUCCAAACUCUCGUCGUCUCGAUCUUCGUCCUCGGGUUUGCUGCGGGUCCCAUUAUCGCCGCGCCCAUGUCAGAAUUGUAUGGUCGCAAACCAGUCUAUCUAACUGCCAACUUCUUGUUCAUGUUAUUCACACUUGGUUGCGGUCUCUCAACUGAUCUCAACAUGCUCAUCAUUUUUCGAUUCCUAGCAGGAUGUGCAGGAGGAGCACCCACCGCACUCGGCGGCGCAAGUAUCGGCGAUAUGUUCCAUCGAGAACAACGCGGACUCGCAAUGGCGCUUUGGGGAAUGGGUCCAUUAAUGGGACCAAUAGUGGGACCUAUCAUAGGAGGUGACCUUGCUGCAAAUGCGGGAUGGCGAUGGGCGUUUUGGUUGGAAGCUAUUAUUGCCGUUGUGACAUUGAUUGGAGGAUUUUUUCUCCUGCAGGAAACAUAUCCGGUGGUGAUUCUGGAGAGAAAAACGAGACGCAUUAUUAAGGAAACGGGAAAUACAGCGAAAGUAUCGGCGCUUCAUCAUGCGGAUACGCCAAUGGUGCAUUUUACUAAUGCUAUCGUUCGACCUUUGAAAACAUUGUUUCGCUCACCAAUUGUCUUUCUACUCUCGGUAUACUACGCUGUUCUUUUCGGAUACCUGUAUCUCUUCAUCACGACCUUUCCAUUUACUUUUUCCAAUCAAUAUCAUUUUUCCGUUCCGCUUACCGGGCUCUCAUACCUGGGUCUUGGAUGCGGAAUUGCCAUUGGACUUUUCGUGUCGGGAAAAGUAUCAGAUCCGAUUUUCAAGAGGUUGACGGAAAAAAAUGGAGGGAUUGCGGAACCGGAAUAUCGAUUACCUACGCUGGUGCUGACGAGUCCGUUGAUUGCCAUUUCGCUGUUUGUUUAUGGAUGGACGGCCCAGGCGAAAGUUCAUUGGAUUGUGCCGAUUAUUGGGACGAGUUUCUUUGGGAUUGGAAUGAUUCCCGCUUUUCUCUCAAUAAACAUGUACCUAGUCGAUAGUUUCCCCACCUACGCCGCCUCAGCAAUUGCCGCCACGAAAGUUUUUCAAUCGAUUGGAGGAGCUUUUCUACCACUAGCAGGUCAGCCUUUAUAUUCGGCGCUGGGAUUGGGUUGGGGAAAUAGUGUGUUGGGAUUCAUUGCACUGGCGUUCUUUCCGGUGCCGAUCUUGUUUUUUAGGUAUGGGAAGUGGUUGAGGGAGAGGGGGGUGGUGAAACUUUGA